UGUUUUUCAAAAAUGAAGUCAUUUCUCGUGUGCUUGUAUUUGUGCAUAAAUUCAAUAAGUUGUAUUAAUAUUUUGAAUAAAAGUGAUAAUGAAGCACAAAAUUUGAGGGCAGGAUUUUUUGAUUUUCUAUUCGGUGACCAGUCAACAAAAGUGGAAACGUGCAAAUGUAAAUGUGGAGUACCGAAUCGUCGACAACGUUUACUUGGUGGCACUGAUCUGAAACCGUAUGAAUUUCCAUGGAUUGGACAAAUCAUGAUUAAAGAUUCGGCACCGAUUGAAGCAACGCUGAUCAAUGAUCGAUUUGUUAUAACAGCCGCUUCGACCAUUUAUGGUUAUUCGCCGUACAAUAUGAAAGUUGUUUUGGGCGUUUACGAUAAUUGUUAUGCGGACAUUACAUCGGACACGUUUAGUGUUUCAAGUCUAAUAAUUCAUCCGGAAUUUCAGUAUAUAACACGCACCAACGAUAUAGCACUAGUACGGCUCAGUACAGUCGUGCCAUUUGAGAAGCGAAUCUCACCUAUUUGCUUACCAACACCCAAGAUGAAUUAUGAGCGAAAAGUAGCGACGAUUGCAUCAUGGUUUGAAGGGGUUACAUCGGACGGUUAUGAAACAUCCUCGUGCCAACCGAGAAGAAUUGAUUUGCCAAUUGGUGAGCACGAAAGCUGCACAAAAGCCACUCAAGAAUCACAGGGUUGCGUUGGAGUUGUUGGUUCACCAAGCAUACUUUGUAGAGACGAUGCCGGCAGUGGAGUUCUUUAUGGCACAUCAGCGGGAUAUUAUGAGCUGAUUGGCAUUUUAUCUGAUUAUCAAAGCUGUGCAGCAGCUUCUCUGCAUACUGCUCCAAAGGACGAUGAUCUAAGCUUACCCAUAUACACGAAAGUGGACAGUUACUUGGAAUGGAUUUUAUUUCAAACAAAAGGUUCAUGCUACUGUAAUAAAAUUUAA